UUGAUACCGGUAUAUGUUUUGGAGUAAUAUAUAUUCACAUAAAUGUCGGUAUCAAAUGUACUUUAUCUUUAAUUUUUAAUUUUUAAUGCUUAAUGUUUGAUGGACUAUAAAAUCCGUCUCCUGAUACGUUAGCAGAGCCAAAACCCUCAAAAACUGCCAUGAACGGCGUACGAAGAUGUCAUACUUUCUGUUUGAAGUCUGCUUGAAUUUGAAUUUCGCAGACGAUUAUCUCCAACUAUUUAAGUAAGCGGAUUUCGCUGUUGAAAUUCACGGCGGGGGAACCUAUGUUUGUUUAGAACUCACAAUCACAUUAAUCUCUCAGGCACUCACUCUUGCUUGGAGACUUGAAAUAUACUUAGACAUCUUGAAAAAUUGGUUUGCUGAAUCCAUACUCAAUUAUAGAUAUAUCCUACAGCUAACUCAGAGCUAAGGUGGCUUUGAUAACUGUUAUCCUUUGUCCUCUAACAAAAAUGGCACCCUUCAUACGCUUCUUGUCUUCCAGUCCAGCCUCAUCUAGUUCUGCGGAUAACCAAAUUGUUCCUUUGGAUUGCUCUGAUAAUAAGGUACCCAUAGAUAAUCAAGCGGAAAGUUCUUACAAGAGAGAAAUCCAUAAUUUCCAAUCUGAGUUGUGGGGAAAUGGAAAUUCAAGGGAAAGGCCAGGUGAGAAUCUUGAAAUUGAUGGAAUUAUAGUGAAGCUUCUUGGUAUUUUCCCACAACUUGCUCCUGAGGAGGCAUUGUUACAACUUCUGAAAACAUGGGGGCAGUUUUCAUGGGAAAUUGUAUUGCAGUCCACCAUUGACCAUUUUCUGCAACAUGGGAUUCCAGAGCAGGUACAAGAUGAAACACGAGAUAUGAACAAUCCUGGAAAGCAAAAGUUCAAAAAAGUGAACAGCUCAAAAUGGAUUCCUAACAGUCAUUUUUUCAAUACAAAAUGGAUUCGUAAGAGUCAUUUGAGAAUCAAAACAAAUUCAAAUGAGGAAUGCUGUUCCCUAGAUGGGGGUAUUGAAUGUGGGUGUUGCUAUAAUGAAUUUCAAUUUCACAUGAUGGUACAGUGUGCAGAUGGGCACCUGUUUUGCUUUCAGUGCUUACGGAAACAUGUGGAAGAGUCCACAUUUGGAGGUUUCCAAUCUUGUAAUUCAUUGCCUUGCAUGGAUACCAAUGGUUGUAAGGAGUCAAUUCCUUUGUCAGAGGUUCAAAGAACACUUCCAUGCGAUGUUCUUGAAAGAUAUGAACAGCGGCAGGCUCAAGCAGAUAUUGAGAGAGCCAAUCUGGAAGACCUGGUCUACUGCCCUUUCUGUAACUUCCCUUGUCAGGUGGAGAAGGAUGCACGUGUUUUGGAAUGUCCAAACAGUAAAUGUUCGAAGGAUUCUUGUAUCAAAUGUAAGGAGCCCAGUCACAUACCUUUCCGUUGUGAAGAGGUAGAGAAGAAAUCUGAGACUACUCUGCGCAGGAUAAUUGAAGAGGUGAUGGCAAAAGCUGUUAUAAGAGUGUGCAAUUCUUGCAAGGCAGAGCUAGUCAAGGUGGAUGGCUGCAAUAAGGUGACCUGCAAGUGUGGAAUUACAAUGUGUUAUGCAUGUCGGAAGACUAUUUCAAAGAAUUAUUCACAUUUUUGUGAGCAUGUACGAGUGCCAGGAAAGCCAUGCCAAAAGUGUGGGAAGUGUGGUUUGUGGGAAACGGAGGUGGAAGAUGAUGUGGCUAUGGCUGCAAGGGAGAAAGCAUUAGAGGAGUUGGCAAAAAAGGAACCUAAGUUGCUUAGGCGGAGUAUUGGACCUCCUAUUGGAAAACAAAAAAAAUCUAUAAAGAAGGAUCCACAGUUUGCACCAGUCAAGCAUACAAUACUUUCUUGGGUUGAACGUGUGAAGUCAAGGGUUGAACGUGGCAAAUAAUCAAGCCUUCUUUUGUUCGUUGCCUGAAUCUUUAAGGGAGAAACUUUGAAUUUACAGUUACAGGUUUGACAGUCUAGAAAGAAAGGAAGUGUUCCUUGCAUUUAUUUCAUUGAGAAGAUAUAUAUGGUAUGAAACACAGUGAAAUUUAAAGCAAGAUUUAGGUGUAAUAGUUAUUUUCCUUCUUCCCCUUUGAUGUAAAAGAAUGGUCUCCUAAAUAGAAAAAAGGUUGACCCUUAUAUUAUUAAAGGGUUAAUAUAUCAAAAAGUUGCUUUGAAGGUUGUACUUGACAUAGUCCAAAUCUUGUGAUACAGAGCAUCUGCUCCUUCGUUGAGACAAAACUUGCACAGAAUGAAUUGUCCAUAGAACAUUGUCGUUAAUAAGAAUUAUAUGGUUUUGUUGAGUUCACUUAAGAAAUUGAACUUGUGUGGUGGAGAUUGGAGUUCGGCAGGGAGGGGCCUUCAUCAUAGUACUAGAAACAAGUUAAUAGAUUCUGGCAGUAGGGGUAUUGAAAGUUUGGAAUCCAGUAACUGUGGAGUGUAAGCAUAUAUUAUGCACUUGCUUCUACCUGGUGUUAAUAUGUAUAUCCACCUCAUUUUAUGUAUAGAUCUUUGUGAGCAAGGACGGGGGGAUCUGAAUGGACUGAAUUUUUAAACAAAAUGAUGAGAUCAGUAACAUAUGGAAUGGUGCCGUGUAUUGCAGGUUGGAACACUGGCAAAUUGUUUCAUGGGUUGGACCUGAGUGAAAAUUAAGCCAUUGCAAUAACACCUCGGGCCAAUUCAUGUUUUUUAUAAUAUUUGAAUGUGAAAUCAAAAGUUGUCUACGAGUAAAUAUCAAAAGAAGGAUAAAUCUGAAUUAAAUACUUGUGAAGGACAUAUCGAUGCUUCCAUAUUGUCUGGUUGUAUCUCUUUACGACUGAAGUUAUGGCAGAAUGGAAGCCUAGUGUUUUGUGCUUGUCUUGAAACAAGUGUAAAUGAAUGAUAAAUGGCAUGGUAUUAUUAUAUCUUUUGUGAUUGA